AUGGUAAAAUGGACCCCAGAGAUGGACCAGCAACUGUUGCUGAAAAUUUUGGAGACUCACGAACUAAGCGUGGAUGCAACAAGCGUGUCCGAAGCAUGGCCCGGCGACGACCCGAAGGCUAAGCCCACUCCUCGGGCUAUUACUGAGCGUCUGGUCAAAAUCAAGUCGCGCAUCAAAAAUGGCAAAAGUGCAACUCCUACUUCCACUCCAACAAAGCUGGCCACACCGAGCCCCCGUAACCGCACGUCCGCAAAACGCAAACGCGGGAAUGCCACUUUGACCGGCAAAAAAGAUAUCAAAACUGAGGCUUACAUUUCUCCCACUUCGAAUAUACAAACUAUUAAACACGAAUACAACGAUUACGCUGAUUCCCCAAUUGAUGGGAUGGUGGUUCCUAUGACCAUGCGUACCCUAUCUAAAUGUGCGGGAGCUGUCCUUCCUCUCCCACAUGACAAGAUUACUUACAAGGAGCGUACAGAUGACGAGGCUCAACACGAAAGCAGUGACAGUGAAUUCAUGAACUCUACGACGGCGGAGCUAGCCGAUGGUUAUGGCAAAAUUCACGUUAACGACAGUGAAGCAGUUGGCGCCACGGAGUAUGCUUAA